UCUAAGUAGCGCCCCAAUUUGUUCUCAUGGCCAGGGUAUUAGUAUUUUUCUGCUUCUUCUCCUUGUCGUGCAUAUGCUCCCAUGCUCGGCUCCCUCCCUCUCCAAGGAGCAGCAAUGCCACGGCUGACGAGCUCGCACUCCUCUCUUUCAAGUCCAUGAUAUCCUCCCGCUUGCUGGAUUCAUGGAACACGUCAAGCCACUACUGCAGCUGGCCAGGGGUUGCAUGCGGCCGUCGUCACCCUCACAGGGUCAUCUCGUUGCACAUGGGCUCCUUCAAUCUGUCGGGGCACAUCUCACCAUUCUUGGGCAACUUGUCCUUUCUCAGAGAGCUUGACCUCCGCGACAACCAGCUCAUCGGGCAGGUACCUCCAGAACUUGGCCGUCUCGGCAGACUUCAAUUGCUCAACUUUAGCGCGAAUUUUCUCCAAGGCGAGAUCCCAACUGAGAUUGGUGCCUUGAAGAAUCUGUACAUCUUGAACCUACAAGAGAAUGGAUUCUCCGGAGGGAUCCCUCAUUCUCUGGCAGACUUGCCGUUGCUCGAAUUCUUGUUUUUAUCCAAUAAUAGAUUAUUUGGCGAGAUACCGUCAUCUCUAGGCAACCUCUCCCUUAUGCAUCUUGAUCUCAUGGGUAACAACCUAUCGGGACCUAUCCCUCCAUCUCUGGGAAUGAUGUCCAGCUUAUCAUGGCUCAGCUUAGGCUACAAUAAUCUAAGUGGACCGAUUCCGGUGUCUAUUUGGAACAUUUCCUCUCUGAUGGGUCUUAGUGUCGAGCACAAUAUGCUAGGUGGCACAAUACCUUCAGAUGCAUUCAGCUCACUUUCCUAUCUCGAGUUUAUACUGAUGGACAAUAAUCUCUUUCAUGGACGUCUACCAGCCUCAGUAGCGAAUGUCACUAAUGUGAAGCGGCUCCAGUUUGGCCCUAACCUCUUCAGCGGCACUGUACCUGCCGACCUUGGAAGGUUAGGUUAUCUCUUGUCCCUAGAGCUCUCAAGCACUUCGCUUGAAGCCAAAGAACCCAACGACUGGGAAUUCAUAACUGCGUUAACAAAUUGCUCCCAGUUACAAAAUUUGGAAUUAGGUUCCUCCAAGUUUGGGGGUGUCCUUCCUUCUUCAGUUUCUAACCUUUCCACUUCGCUAAAACGUUUAGACCUUCAAUCCAACACAAUUUCAGGAAACAUACCAAAAGAUAUUGGCAAUCUCGCCAACUUAGAAUAUCUUGUGCUAGAUAGUAACUCUUUCAGAGGGACUCUUCCCUCCACCUUUGGGAGCCUCAAUAAACUUCAGCUUUUCUCUGUAGAAAACAACAAAAUUAGUGGGUCAAUUCCAUUGACGUUUGGAAAUCUUACAGAAUUGAUCAGUUUAGAACUCCAAGCAAAUGCUUUUAGUGGCAAUAUACCAAGCACGGUAGGAAACCUGACCAAGUUGUUGACACUGAACCUUGCCAGCAACAAAUUUUCAGGCCAAAUUCCUAUUGCGGUAUUCAACAUCUCCACACUUUCCCUAAUUUUGGAUCUGUCGUACAACAACUUUGAGGGAUCAAUACCACAAGAAAUAGGGCAUCUAAAAAAUCUUGUAGAAUUCCAUGCUGAGUCCAACAUGUUAUCAGGUGAAAUUCCUGUUGGCUUGGGUGAGUGCCAGCUUCUUCAGAAUAUCUAUAUCCAAAACAAUUUUCUAAAUGGUACUAUCCCGUCACUCCUUAGUCAAUUGAAAGGUCUUCAAAAUCUUGACUUCUCGAACAACAAUCUUUCAGGUCUGAUACCUAGCUUCUUAGGCAACCUUAGCACGCUCUAUCAACUAAAUCUUUCAUUCAAUAGCUUUGCCGGCCAAGUGCCAACCUUUGGUGUUUUUGCAAAUUCUUCGGCGAUCUCAAUUGAAAACAAUGGCAAACUCUGCGGAGGCAUACCUACUCUACAUUUGCCUCCUUGUUCAUUGGACAUACCAAAGAAAAGGCAUAGAUUUCUUAUAAGUCCUAUUUCCCUUUCUCUCGUUACAACAAUUGUUGUACUUGCAUUGCUAUGCAAGCUCUGCAUAGUGCACAAGAAAAGCAAACAAAAUAUACCUUCCACAACAUUCAGACAAGGCCUCCCAAUGAUCUCUUAUUUGCAGUUGGCAAAAGCAACGGAUGGUUUCACGUCAACAAAUUUAAUAGGUUCUGGAUCAUUUGGGUCAGUGUACAAAGGAGUCAUAGAUGACCAAGCUGAAGAAAGUACAAACCUUGUUGCAGUGAAGGUGUUGAAAGUUCACACUCCUGGGGCACUUAAGAGUUUCAUUGCUGAAUGUGAAGCACUAAGAAAUGUGAGGCACCGAAAUCUUGUGAAGAUAAUUACGGCUUGCUCAAGCAAUGAUAACAAGGGGAAUGACUUCAAAGCUAUUGUGUUUGACUUCAUGCCAAAUGGUAGUUUAGAUGUUUGGCUGCAUCCUUAUACAAAUGAGCAAACAGAGUGUAUGUACCUAGAUCUACUUCAAAGAGUGACCAUACUACUCGAUGUGGCUUAUGCAUUGGAUUAUCUUCAUUGCCAAGGCCCUGCACCUGUUGUACAUUGUGAUCUUAAGCCAAGUAACGUGCUCUUGGAUGCUGAUAUGGUAGCCCACGUUGGAGACUUUGGACUUGCUAGGAUUCUUGUUGAUGAAAGUUCGUUGUGCCAGCACUCAACGAGCUCAAUGGGUCUUAGAGGAACAAUUGGUUAUGCUGCUCCAGAGUAUGGUGCUGGAAAUAUGGUGUCAACACACGGAGAUAUUUACAGUUUUGGAAUUCUUGUCUUGGAAACUAUAACUGCUAAGAGGCCCACUGAUAGCAGAUUUGGACAAGGAUUGGGUCUAUGUGAGUAUGUCGAGCUGGCCCUACAUAAUAACAGUGUGAUGGGCGUUGUUGACUCAAGGCUGCCUUUGGACCUCAAAAGUGACCAUCAGACCGUUGAUUAUCAUUCAAAUAAGAGAAAUGUUGAUUGCCUCGUUUCAGUACUUAGACUUGGAAUAUCUUGCUCUCAGGAAUCACCAUCGUCUAGAAUGCCAACACGGGGUAUCAUCAAGGAACUGAAGGCCAUCAAAGAAUCUUUGUCAACACAAUGAAUACUGUGAAGAUUAAGCGUGUUAAUGUAAUAAUUACAAAUAUUUUGUGUGGAUGAUAUGUUCAUGGAUAUCAUUAAGCUCCUUUUCUUAGGAGCUGAUUGCUACAGUGAUAUUCCCAACAACUUGUGUUGAAGUAGUAGCCUUCUGGAGUAUGAAUCAGAGUACGGGAUAGUGGAAUACGACGUCUGUUAUGUUUAAUUAGAAUCAUAACAGUGACCAGUUCAUAAGCCUCGGGUUCAUGAUGACUUGCUGGUGUUGUAGUCUAGUAGAAGUUUAGUCCCUGAUUUACUACUCCUACUUGUCAGUGAUCAUUCUUGAAAAACUAACUCCUUGUCAGCGAUGGGAAAUGUAAUUAAGAUACUUCAUCAAGAGCUGAGUUAAACAUGUUUUACCUUUUGACAGACUGAGAUCAACUUCAU